AUGAUCUCUGAUCAGGCCAAGAGUGAACACACUAACGGAGAACAGGUACACGGCAAGCAGCUUGCUUCCAAAGGCCAGUUUGGAAAGCAGUUUGGUGUUGUACUCGAGACGGGCUCCAAAGUUCCAGUACAAUGGGUUGAACACCACAAAGAAGAUGGACAGUUGCAACUUCUUGGAGUUGAAGUCAAUGUCUUUAGCAACGUCCCAAUACGAGUCCAUGAACUUAUCAACGAAUUCCAUUCUUAUUCGGCAAAUUGCAAUGGUCUUGUGACUAAAAAAGGCGGGCAACACUGCGUCAUUUUAUAUGGGGUCCCGCUGAACACGCUCCUCGAAAGCACGCAAUCUCUGUUCCUCCUGGCGGAUCUGCUCCUCCUUGUCGAGCCCGUUCACCGCAGCCCCGUGCUGAGAGACAGUGCUGCCGUUAGCAACGCUGGUGACCCCCGUGGUGAUCGACGGCUCCCGCGCACUGCUGAUCUCGCUGGUGUCUGCUUCCUCGCCCAGAGUCUUCAUCCGAUAGUUCUCAUAAAGCACCUCGUGGGUGUAGUCCUUGAAGUCGCUCAGGUGGGUGAUCAACAAGGUGUUCUUCAACGAAACAAAGUCGCUGGUCUCGUUGUCAAACACGUCGAUCGUCCCCCACGGAUACACCCUUACUCUUCUGGUCUCGCCGGUGGCAGGGUCUUUGUGCGUGGUGUUGGAGCCCAUGACGGCAAAUGGCACGGUCUUGGACAGAUAUCUGUUGAGUUCGAUGGUUUCCUCGUCGGCUCCCUCGUCGUUGUUGAAAAAGUCCUCGUUGAAGUUGAAGAUCGGCAACUUGAACCGCUCGAUGUCUUCCAUGAUGAGUUUCUUGUUUAG